AUGGAUGGAACAGUGGGCGGGGCCUCAUCGGACCCUCGGCCUGUGCGUAAUGGAGACACGAAGCGGCGCAGUAAAGGAAGUUUACCGUCUCCUGGUUUCCGUCUCUCUCAAGCGUCUCUGGAUGGCGAGGUGGCCCCCAGACGCCGCCCGUCUGUCAUGAGCUCGUCACGAGACAGCACUAGUGCUUUCCGGUCUGGCACGGCAGCAGGCACGCCCACCACACCCGGCCCACCUGGCUCCGCGCCCUCUGCCGGUGGGCCGCGUACUGUGGGAUUUGCUGCAUCCCGUGCUGCCCUCGCAUCCACCUCGUCCUCUGGCACUGGCGUGAUGGUGGUUGCUGCUGGAAGCGGGGCCACAGGAGGGGCGGAGCCAACCACCACAACGACUACAGUGGCUGGAAGUCCAGAAGUUGUUCCUGGACUGGACGGAGAAGAAUAUUACAGUUACUCAAACCAGUCAACGUUCAUGCAGCGGCAGCUCGGCCCCAUGCUGCAGCCUGGAGUCAACAAGUUCUCACUGCGCAUGCUUGGAUCCCACAAAGCUGUAGCCCUCGAACAGGAGCGACUGAAGAGUGCUGGCGUAUGGAUCAUCCACCCAUACAGUGACUUCAGGUUUUAUUGGGAUCUCCUGAUGCUUCUGUUGAUGAUGGGGAACUUGAUCAUCCUUCCAGUGGGAAUCACGUUCUUUAAGGAUGAGAACACGCCACCAUGGAUCAUCUUCAAUGUGGUGUCAGACACAUUGUUCCUGGUGGACCUGGUACUGAAUUUCAGGACCGGCAUUGUGAAGGAGGACAGCACUGAGAUUAUGCUUGACCCCAAAGCCAUCCGUCGCCACUACCUGAGGAGCUGGUUCGCUGUUGACUUCAUCUCCUCUAUCCCUGUCGACUACAUCUUCCUCAUGGUGGACCUGGAGGAGCGCCUAGAUUCUGAGGUCUAUCGAACAGCUCGAGCCCUGCGCAUUGUUCGUUUUACAAAAAUCCUCAGCCUGCUGCGUCUGCUCCGGCUGUCUCGCCUCAUUCGAUACAUUCACCAAUGGGAGGAGAUUUUCCACAUGACGUAUGACCUGGCGAGUGCAAUGGUGCGGAUCGUGAAUCUCAUCGGGAUGAUGUUGUUGCUGUGUCACUGGGAUGGCUGUCUGCAGUUCCUCGUCCCCAUGCUGCAGGACUUCCCGCCUGAUUGUUGGGUCUACAAGAACAAUAUGGUGAAUGACUCUUGGGGUGUGCAGUACUCAUAUGCUCUCUUUAAGGCGAUGAGUCACAUGCUGUGUAUCGGCUACGGCGCUCAGGCUCCAGAAGGAAUGACUGAUGUUUGGCUAACAAUGCUUAGCAUGAUCGUGGGAGCAACAUGUUACGCCAUGUUCAUCGGUCAUGCCACUGCUCUCAUCCAGUCCCUGGACUCCUCACGGAGACAGUACCAGGAGAAGUAUAAGCAGGUGGAGCAGUACAUGUCCUUCCACAAACUUCCAGCUGAUGUGAGACAGAAGAUCCAUGAGUAUUAUGAACAUCGCUAUCAGGGCAAAAUGUUUGAUGAGGAGAACAUACUGGGGGAACUGAGUGACCCUCUAAAGGAGGAAAUUGUGAGCUUUAACUGCCGCAGUUUGGUGGCUAACAUGCCACUAUUUGCUAACGCGGAUCCAAACUUCGUGACUGCGGUCCUCACUAAGCUGCGCUUUGAGGUAUUUCAGCCUGGAGACUUCAUCAUUCGUGAGGGGACUGUUGGCCGAAAGAUGUACUUUAUUCAGCAUGGCCGAGUGAGCGUCCUCACCAGGGGAAACAAGGAGACCAAACUCAGUGAUGGAUCAUAUUUUGGAGAGAUCUGUCUCUUGACCCGUGGCAGGAGGACAGCCAGUGUGAGAGCUGAUACGUACUGUCGUCUUUACUCUCUGAGUGUGGACAGUUUUAACGAGGUUCUAGAAGAACAUCCAAUGAUGAGACGAGCAUUUGAAACAGUCGCAGCUGACCGACUAAACCGCAUUGGUAAGAAGAACUCCAUCCUCUUGCGAAAGACAUCUCAGGGAGGCUCUGUGGCAAGCAGCACUCUGGGCCGUGGGGGCGGGCCUGGGACUGGGGGCGGAGCCAGCAGUGGCCGUGCAGGUGCUGGAUCCUGCGACAGCAUUUUAGUGCAGCAGAUUGUCAAACAUGACAGCAUGCCAACCAUGCAGGAUGUUGCUACUGGUAACUGGAUUGGGGGUGCAGGAGGGACUGUGGCUGGGGGAGUAUCCUCACACCCACGGCCAGUAAUCUGGGCUCCAUUAGUCCAUGCCCCCUUACACACUGCAGCAGCUGCCUCGAAUGUUGCCAUUACUCUUCUCCAGCAGCAGCAGCAGCAGCAACAACAGCAGGGCAUGUUUCUUCCCUCCCCCCACUCAGUUUGCCCCACCCCUCUACCUAUUUGCCCUUCUCCUGUUCCUAUUUGCCCCUCCUCAUCAUCUUGCCCCCUCUCAUCCCCACGUGCCCCUAUUCUACCACCCCGCCAGUCCCUCAGUGCUAUUGUAAUGCCCCGUGGUGGCCACACUUCCAAUACCUCAACUCCUUCUCCUUCUACAGCAGGCCCACCAAUUACCGGUGGAGCAGUAGUCACCAAAACACCUUGCACUCCCAUGUCAUCAGUUCCUGCUCCCAGCAGGACUCUACGCAACAACCUCCGCCUUCAAACAGAACCGUAUGUUAUGUUUGGGGGAGGGGCUAAUAUGUUACCUCUCCAGAAAGCCAUGCCCCCUUCCUCUGGAGCCAAACAGGUUCUAAUGCGUCAUGUUGGAGGUGGGAGCACUCAAGGCCUUCCCUCACUGGGCCGUCUGACCCAGGAGGCACGUCUACUCUCUGCCUCUCAGCCCACUCUUCUCCAUCGUGGUUGGCCACACCCCCCUCUCCACAGAAAAGCUUCUGGGGGCAACUUACUCCCUGCUCCUUUUGUGAUGCCACAGCCUCAGUUUGCAUGGGGAGGCAGUGCUGGAGUGCUUAGCUCUCACAAUUCACAGGUGCAGAAAAUACCUGCACAGACAUCUUUGCCCCUCCCCUCUCCACUUACACAUACACAAUCAGCCAUACAGUCCACGCCCCCUCCCACUGGCUCCUCCCCUCCAAAAACACAUGCUUUUUACUUCUCAGCCUCUGCUCACGCCUCUCCAGCUCCAGGUCCAGCUUCUUCUGCCCCACUGAUGCCCCAAACUCAGCAUCCCAAACUCAUCCCUACACAGUCCUCCCCUUCUCCUACUUUCUCCACCUCAGAUACACCCAUUUAUUCUAACACCACCCCCAUGGUACCACCCCAAACUCAGACUAGUAAGCCCUCACCCACUUCCCCAUCUCAGCCUCAGAGUCCUCGUUCAAAACUUUCUCAGACUCCUCCUCCACCUUCUCCAUUAUCCUUUACUCCAUCUGCAACUCCAUCACACACUCGUACUCCAACCCCCAUUCACACACCUGCUCCAACACCUACACAUACUCAAGCUCUGCUCCCAAUCCCAGUUGCCACCCAAACCAGAACAAUCACACCAGCUCAGACUCCAACAAGCUCAAUGACCCAGAUUACACCUCAAUCUCCACCAUCUGUUCCAGCUCCGUCCCAAACUUCAGCCGCUCUGCAAAUUCAAAGCAAGGGCAUACCACCAACUCCAACCAACACCAUGCAACUGUCAGUUCAAGAAAAUGCAGCCAGGUCUUCAAUCACUCAAAGACCAACCCAAAUGCUCAUGGAAAACCAAACUGCAACUCCUACCAUGACUCAAACUCGGAGUUCCCUUCAAACUCCAUCUUCAGCACAAACUCAGAGUUCCACUAAAACUCUUGCCACAUCCAAAGCUCAGACCCAAACCCGAGAAACGAGCCUAAUUCCAAACCAAACUCUAAGACAAACUCCAUCUUCAUCCCUUCUGUCCCUAUCACAGAAAGGUUCCUCAACACUUCAAAUCCCAAAAGCAUCCCAAACUCCAGCACCAGUUCCACCCACUCAGCCUCCAUCCACCCUCCACAUGCCACAGCAUUCUUUCACCCUCUGCCCUUCCUCACCACAGUCUCUUGCAGCUUCUUCAAACCCAACUUCAGUCUCACCAGAACUUGCUAAAUCCACCACAGCUCCAGAUUCAGAGACCUCAAACACUGCAUCCUUCACGUCCUCCAAGUCGGGGAAAUCAGACGCAGCCACACUGCCAUCUCAGAGAGAGUCUGAUGCACGAAGUCACAAGCUUCCUGCUAACAUGUAA